UCCCUUGGAAAUUAUUUCUCUUUCUUUCUUCUCUCUCUAUCUCUCUCUCUCUCUUUUUCUCUUUGCGUUUUGUACCUGCGAUCUUAUCAAAACCCUAGUUUUUGAUCACUGAAAGUUAAAUUUGACUCUGAUUUCUCUCCGACAUCGAAUUGGUGAUCCGAUCAUCGUGAAUACUGCUACUGCAAAACCCUACUUCACUUUGUGUCUUUUUUUUUCCUUUUUCUCUGAUUAAUUUUUCGUCUCUGAAUUUUGCCUUAUUCAUCCAAUUCAGUCUCUGCUUUUCGAUCAAUUAUUGGUUUUUGGUAAUUGAUCGGAUUUUUCUAUCAUAGCGGUUCGGUUCGUCCAAUGCUAUUAGUUCCAAGAUGAAGUUGAAGCGAAGGAGGGCACUUGAAGUGCCUCCAAAAAUCAGAUCCUUCAUCAAUAGUGUCACUGCUGUGCCACUUGAAAACAUAGAAGAACCCCUAAGAGGAUUUGUUUGGGAGUUUGAUAAGGGAGAUUUCCAUCAUUGGGUUGAUCUUUUUAAUCAUUUUGAUUCUUUUUUUGAGAAGCACAUAAAAUCAAGGAAAGAUUUGCAGGUUGAGGAUAAUUUUCUUGAUUUGGAUCCACCCUUCCCAAGAGAUGCGGUACUUCAAAUUCUCCGUGUUAUAAGGAUAAUUUUGGAAAAUUGCACAAAUAAGCACUUCUAUAGUUCUUAUGAGCAGCAUCUUUCUUCCCUUCUUGCUUGCACCGAUGCCGAUGUGGUUGAGGCUUGUCUGCAAACUUUGGCUGCAUUUUUGAAGAAAACGAUUGGGAAGUACUCAAUUAGGGAUGCUUCUCUGAAUUCAAAGUUAUAUGCUCUUGCACAAGGUUGGGGGGGAAAGGAAGAAGGCCUUGGAUUGAUUACUUGUGCCGUACAGAAUUCUUGUGAUCCACUUGCUCAUGAGUUGGGUUGCACCCUCCAUUUUGAGUUCUAUGCAUUAAAUGAUUCAUCAAGUGACCCCCCAGCCCAAGAGCAGACUGUCCAAGGUUUACAAAUUAUUCAUAUACCUAACAUCAACACCCGUCCAGAAACUGACUGUGAGCUUUUGAGUAAGUUAGUUGCAGAGUAUAAUGUGCCUGCUAGUUUAAGAUUUUCACUAUUGACAAGAUUGCGGUUUGCAAGGGCUUUUGGCUCUUUAGCUUCUCGACAGCAGUAUGCAUGCAUUCGCUUGUAUGCCUUCAUAGUUCUUGUUCAAGCAAAUGGCGAUGCUGAUGACCUAGUUUCUUUCUUUAACACUGAGCCUGAGUUUGUCAAUGAAUUAGUUUCCUUGUUGAGCUAUGAAGAUGUCGUUCCUGAAAAAAUUCGAAUUCUAUGUCUUCUUUCUUUGGUUGCUCUAUGUCAAGAUAGGUCCAGACAACCUACUGUGCUGACGGCUGUGACAUCUGGUGGUCACCGUGGCAUACUAUCAAGCCUCAUGCAGAAGGCUAUUGAUUCUGUCAUUAGUGAUGCUUCAAAGUGGUCUGUUGUUUUUGCUGAGGCUUUAUUAUCUCUUGUCACUGUUCUGGUUUCGUCAUCAUCAGGUUGUUCAGCCAUGCGGGAGGCAGGAUUUAUUCCUACUCUUCUGCCUCUGCUUAAAGAUACAAAUCCACAGCAUUUGCAUUUGGUCAGUACAGCUGUGCAUAUUUUAGAAGCCUUUAUGGAUUACAGUAAUCCUGCUGCUGCGUUGUUCCGAGAUUUAGGGGGUUUAGAUGACACCAUUGCUCGAUUGAAGGUGGAAGUGUCUCAUGUAGAAAAUGGUUCAAAGCAUCAAGAUGAAGAUCCUUGUACUAGUGGGAGGAGUGUACAAGUGGUUUCAGGUGCUUCCACUGAGCUAGAUGACAUGCAGCCUCUAUAUUCUGAAGCAUUAGUUUCGUAUCACAGGCGAUUACUGAUGAAAGUUUUAUUGCGUGCUAUAUCUCUUGGAACAUAUGCUCCUGGGACUAGUGCUCGUGUCUAUGGCUCUGAGGAGAAUUUGUUGCCACAUUGCUUAUGCAUAAUUUUUAAAAGGGCCAAAGAUUUUGGGGGUGGAGUGUUUUCACUGGCAGCUACAGUCAUGAGUGAUUUAAUUCACAAAGAUCCUACCUGCUUUCCUGUCUUAGAUGCGGCGGGUCUUCCUGCUGCUUUUUUGGAGGCUAUAAUGGAUGGUGUUCUCUGCUCUACAGAAGCCAUAACAUGCAUACCCCAGUGUUUAGAUGCCCUUUGCCUAAAUAAUAACGGUCUUCAGGCUGUUAAAGAUCGUAAUGCUUUAAGGUGCUUUGUGAAAAUAUUCACUUCAAGAACCUAUCUUCGUGCACUCACCAGUGAUACCCCUGGUUCCUUGUCUGGUGGAUUGGAUGAACUAAUGCGCCAUGCUUCCUCAUUGCGUGGGCCUGGAGUUGAUAUGUUGAUUGAGAUCUUGAAUGUCAUUUCAAAAAUUGGAAAUGGAAUUGAUACUUCUUACUUGUCCACUGAUCCUACGAGCUGUUCCACACCUGUUCCUAUGGAAACUGAUGGUGAGGAGAGGAACUUGAUUGUUGCAGAUGAUAAGGAAACAUCCAAGAUUGAUAAUUCUGAGCAGACUGCUGAACUGUCAUCUGAUUCUUCAUUGGCAAAUGUUGAAUCAUUCCUUCCAGAAUGUGUGAGCAAUGCUGCACGUCUUCUUGAAACAAUACUUCAAAAUGCUGACACAUGUCGCAUAUUUGUUGAGAAGAAGGGGAUUGAAGCUGUCUUGCAGUUAUUUACUUUACCUUUAAUGCCUCUUUCAUCAUCUGUUGGUCAGAGUAUCUCGGUUGCAUUUAAGAACUUCUCACCACAGCAUUCUGCUUCUCUGGCUCGGGCAGUAUGUUCAUUUUUGAGAGAACAUCUGAAAACAACAAAUGAACUCUUAGUUUCUGUGGGAGGGAUUCAACUUGCUGUGGUUGAAUCUGCGAAGCAAACAAAGGUUUUGAGAUGUCUCUCCAGUCUUGAAGGUAUUCUCUCUCUUUCUAAUUUUUUGUUGAAGGGGACUACUACUGUGGUGUCUGAACUGGGCACUUCAGAUGCUGAUGUGUUAAAAGAUCUUGGGAGUACAUACAGGGAGAUCAUUUGGCAGGUUUCGUUGUGUAAUGAUCUCAAAUCAGAUGAAAAGAGCAAUGUUGAUCAAGAAUCUGAGAAUGUUGAGGCAGCUCCAUCUAAUGCUGCUGGAAGGGAGAGUGAUGAUGAUGCUAAUAUUCCUGCUGUGAGAUAUAUGAACCCUGUUUCUAUAAGGAAUAAUUCUCAGUCCUUGUGGGGUGGAGAACGUGAAUUUCUUUCGGUUUUUCGUUCUGGUGAAGGUUUGCACCGUCGUACUCGACCUGGGUUAACACGUAUACGGGGUGGAAGGACAGCCCGGCACCUGGAGGCUUUGAAUGUUGAUUCUGAAGCUUCUUCCAUUGUACCAGAUACAUCUUCUUCACAAGACUUGAAAAAGAAAAGUCCUGAUGUUUUAGUGUUGGAAAUUCUCAACAAGCUUGCAUCGACUAUGCGCUCCUUCUUCACAGCUCUUGUCAAGGGAUUCACAUCACCAAAUCGUCGUAGAGCUGAUUCGGGCUCGUUGAGUUCAGCUUCAAAGACUCUUGGAACUGCCAUUGCUAAAAUUUUCCUUGAGGCACUUACUUUUUCUGUGCAUGAUAUGUCUUUGUCAGUGAAGUGUCGAUAUCUUGGAAAGGUGGUGGAUGACAUGGCAGCACUUACAUUUGACAGUAGGCGUCGUACUUGUUUUACUUCAAUGGUCAAUAAUUUUUAUGUCCAUGGUACCUUUAAGGAACUGCUUACCACAUUUGAAGCUACGAGUCAGUUGCUAUGGAAUUUACCUUUCUCAAUGCCAACAUCGAGUAUUGAUAAUGAAAAGACAGGUGAAGGAAGCAGAUUGUCCCAUAGUACAUGGUUGCUUGACACUUUGCAGAGCUAUUGCCGUGUGCUUGAGUAUUUUGUUAAUUCUUCUUUGCUUCUAUCUCCGACCUCUGCAUCCCAAGCGCAGCUGCUUGUUCAACCAGUUGCAGUUGGUCUUUCAAUUGGGCUUUUUCCGGUACCAAGGGACCCAGAGGCCUUUGUUCGAAUGCUGCAAUCUCAAGUCCUGGAUGUGAUACUUCCAGUUUGGAACAACCCCAUGUUCCCCAAGUGUAGUCCAGGUUUCAUUGCUUCCAUUGUUUCACUUGUUACGCAUGUGUAUUCUGGUGUUGGAGAUGUGAAGCGGAAUCGCAACGGUAUUGUUGGAAGUACAAACCAACGCUUCAUGCCCCCUCCAUUAGAUGAAGCUACAAUUGCCACAAUUGUUGAGAUGGGUUUUUCAAGGGCAAGAGCAGAGGAAGCACUUAGAAGGGUGGAGACAAAUAGUGUUGAAAUGGCCAUGGAGUGGCUUUUCAGUCAUCCUGAGGAUCCUGUUCAGGAGGAUGAUGAACUGGCUCGAGCACUUGCUUUGUCACUAGGGAACUCAUCAGAAACAUCUAAAGUUGACAAUGCUGACAAGUCUGUGGAUGUCCUGGCAGAAGAGGGUCGUGUGAAGGCACCCCCAGUUGAUGAUGUUCUUGCUACAUCUGUUAGAUUGUUUCAGAGUAGUGAUACAAUGGCAUUUCCAUUAACGGAUUUGCUUGUAACACUUUGUAAUCGCAACAAAGGUGAAGACCGUCCGAAAGUUGCGUCUUAUCUGAUUCAGCAGCUAAAGCUUUGUCCAGUGGAUUUUUCUAAGGAUAACAACGUGUUAAGUGUGUUAUCGCACAUUAUAGCACUGAUUCUUUUUGAGGAUGGAAGCACCAGAGAAAUUGCUGCACAGAAUGGUAUUGUGUCUACUGCAAUAGAAAUCUUGAUGAACUUUAAGGCUAAAAAUGAGUCUGGUGAUAAAAUUCUUGUGCCCAAGUGUGUUAGUGCGCUGCUACUUAUUUUGGAUAACAUGCUGCAGUCCAGGCCCAGAAUUGUUUCUGAAAAUACUGAAGGAACUCAGACAGGGUCAGACUUAUCUGGAGAGCAAGCUUCCUUGUCAUUUCCUGCUUCAGCUACAGAGAAGAAAUCAGUUUCAGACAUGCAUGAGAAAGAAUCAGGCAUGGGAUUUGAAAAUAUAUUGGGGAAAUCUACAGGGUAUUUGACUGUUGAAGAGAGUCAUAAGGUGCUGUUAGUUGCUUGUGACUUGAUAAAGCAGCACGUCCCUGCUGUCAUAAUGCAGGCUGUUCUGCAGUUAUGUGCUCGUUUAACAAAAACACAUGCUCUAGCUUUGCAGUUCCUCGAAAAUGGAGGCUUGACUGCUCUCUUUGGUCUUCCGAGAAGUUGCUUUUUCCCUGGAUAUGAUACAGUUGCAUCUGCUAUUGUUCGUCAUCUCCUUGAAGAUCCACAAACUUUGCAAACAGCAAUGGAGUGGGAGAUAAGACAAACUUUGAAUGGUAACCGGCAUGCUGGACGUAUAUCAACACGGACAUUUUUGACAUCAAUGGCACCUGUUAUCUCUAGAGAUCCUGUGGUUUUCCUGAAAGCUGCAGCUGCAGUUUGUCAAUUGGAGACCUCUGGAGGUAGGACCUUUGUUGUUUUAUCAAAGGAAAAAGAGAAGGAAAAGGACAAAGCAAAAUCAUCAGGUGUUGAAGCUGGAUUAAAUUCUAAUGAUGGUGUCCGAAUUUCUGAAAACAAGAUACAUGAUGGAUCAGGCAAAUGCUCCAAAGUUCACAAGAAGAUCCCUGCAAAUCUCUCGCAAGUUAUCGACCAGCUUCUUGAAAUAGUCUUAAAAUUCCCUUCAUCGAAAAUUCAGGAAGACUCUUUGAGUAACCCAUCUUCUAUGGAUCUUGAUGAACCUGCUAUGAAGGUAAAGGGUAAAACAAAAGUUGAUGAGACAAGGAAACUGGAGAAUGAUUCUGAAAGGUCUGCUGGACUGGCUAAGGUGACUUUUGUUCUCAAGUUAUUGAGUGAUAUUCUUCUAAUGUAUGGGCAUGCUGUUGGGGUUAUACUUAGACGAGAUUUGGAGAUGUCUCAGCUGCGGUCAUUGAGUCAGUCAGAUACUCAUGGAAGUGGUGGGAUAUUUCAUCAUGUCCUACAUCGGUUACUUCCACUCACCAUUGAUAAAUCUGCUGGACCUGAUGAAUGGAGAGAUAAGCUGUCUGAAAAAGCUUCUUGGUUCUUGGUGGUUUUGUCUGGUCGUUCCAGUGAAGGACGUAGACGAGUAAUUAAUGAACUUGUGAAAGCUUUAUCCUCAUUCUCAACUUUGGAGAGUAAUUCUACUAGGAGCACUUUGUUGCCAGAUAAAAAGGUUUAUGCCUUUGUUGAUUUGUUAUAUUCUAUUUUAUCGAAGAAUUCAUCAUCCAACAAUUUACCUGGUUCUGGUUGUUCACCAGACAUAGCAAAGAGUAUGAUAGAUGGAGGGAUUGUUCAAUGUUUAACUAGUAUUCUUCAGGUGAUUGAUCUGGAUCAUCCUGAUGCUCCUAAAGUAGUGAAUCUUAUACUCAAGGCCUUAGAAAGCCUAACAAGGGCUGCUAAUGCCAAUGACCAGAUUUUUAAAUCUGAUGGGGUGAACAAGAAGAAAUCCUUGGGGUUAAAUGGAAGAGAUGAUGAUCAGCUGACUGCACCAUCAGCUGCUGAUACUGUGGACCAUAAUCAGAAUGCAAGCAAUCAGCAGGAGGUUAGAAAUGCUGUUGAGAAUGGAGAACAGAGUCAAGGCACUUCUCAAAAUGCAGGUCAUCAUGAAGCAAACCCAAAUCAGUCAGCAGAACAAGAUCUGAGGAUACAAGUGGAAGAACCAAUUGCAUCUAAUCCAGCAGAAGAGCUAGGAAUGGAUUUCAUGCGUGAGGAUAUGGUAGAAGGUAGUGUUUUACACAACACUGACCAAAUUGAGAUGACAUUUCGUGUUGAGAACAGGGCAGAUGAUGAUAUGGGUGAUGAAGAUGAUGACAUGGGCGAUGAAGGUGAAGACGAUGAAGAUGAUGAUGAGGGGGAGGAUGAGGAUGAGGAUAUAGCUGAAGAUGGUGGUGGCAUGAUGUCUCUAGCUGAUACUGAUGUGGAAGACCAUGAUGAUGCUGGUUUGGGAGAUGACUACAAUGAUGAAAUGAUUGAUGAAGAUGAUGAUGAUUUUCAUGAGAAUCGUGUCAUAGAGGUGAGAUGGAGGGAGGCCCUUGAUGGACUUGAUCAUUUGCAGGUACUUGGGCAACCUGGAGCUGCAAGUGGUCUUAUUGAUGUAGCAGCCGAACCUUUUGAAGGGGUUAAUGUUGAUGACCUUUUUGGUCUUCGAAGGCCCUUAGGCUUUGAACGUCGCCGGCAGACAGGUAGAUCUUCCUUUGAGCGAUCUGUUGCAGAAGUAAAUGGUUUUCAACAUCCACUCCUAAUGAGGCCAUCCCAGUCUGGAGAUCUGGUCUCAAUGUGGUCAACCGGUGGAAAUUCAUCCCGGGACUUGGAAGGUUUGUCAUCAGGGAGCUUUGAUGUAGCUCAUUUCUACAUGUUUGAUGCUCCUGUUCUUCCAUAUGAUCAUGUACCAGGUGGUUUCUUUGGUGACCGUUUGGGUGGUGCAGCACCCCCACCUUUGACUGAUUAUUCUGUAGGUAUGGACUCAUUGCAGUUGCCGGGACGAAGAGGGCUAGGUGAUGGUAGGUGGACUGAUGAUGGCCAGCCUCAAGCAGGUCCUCAAGCUGCUGCUAUUGCACAGGCCGUGGAGGAACAAUUCAUAGCCCAUUUACGCAGUAUUGCUCCUGUUGAAAGACAGUCUGAAGUUUCAGGAGUCCCUGACAAGCAACCAGAUGCUCCUCCAUCUAAUGAUAGUCAAGUAGCUCCAGAACAUGAUAACAGCAGCAGUCAACAAAGUGAAGGUCAGCAUCAAGACAAUGGUGAUGAAACCACCAAUAAUGCUGUUCAUACAGUUGCAGAAAGUGUCUCCUGCCAGGAUCAAGUCAAUCCAGAAUCGAUUAUUGAAGUUGCAGGGGAAUAUCAGCAGGCACCUGAACCCAUGUCAAUUCAACCACCAUCACUGGAUAGUGCACUAAAUGAACAUGAUAGUAUGGAAAUCGUUGAUGGUAAUGCGACCAAUGAACCUGCAGAGACAAUUCCAGGAUUUGUCAGCUCAUCUACUGACAUUUGUGCUGAUGUCCAAUGCGAAAGGGGUUCUGAAGUGUCUUUAAAUCUCCAUGAUGUUCCAGUGCAGGCUGUAUGUUCUGAUAGUUCUUCAAGGCCAGAUGGUCAGGCCAGUAAUGUGUCAGCGGAUUAUGGUUUAGAUGUGCCUAAUCCAGGAGCCCCGCAUACCUCUUUUGUGCCAGAAAAUGUUGAUAUUGAUAUGAAUGGUACUGAUGCUGAAGGAAACCAAAACGACCGACUGAUGCCUGCUUCUGAGCAUGGAACAGAUGAGCCAUCAUUGCAGAACUCGGUAGUUACACCAGACACUGAUCAGGCUGACCAAGCUGGUUUGAAUAACAAUGCGUCAGGUGCUAAUGCUAUUGAUCCCACUUUCUUGGAGGCCCUACCUGAAGAUUUACGAGCAGAAGUUCUAGCUUCUCAGCAAGCUCAAUCUGUUCAACCUCCAUCUUAUGCACCUCCUUCUGCAGAGGACAUUGACCCGGAGUUUCUAGCGGCCCUUCCUCCAGAAAUCCAAGCUGAAGUUUUGGCCCAGCAAAGAGCUCAAAGGGUUGCACAGCAGGCUGAAGGACAGCCCGUUGACAUGGACAAUGCUUCAAUUAUUGCUACUUUUCCUGCUGAUCUGCGUGAAGAGGUACUUUUGACUUCUUCAGAAGCAGUCUUGUCUGCAUUGCCUUCGCCAUUACUUGCUGAAGCCCAAAUUCUAAGAGACAGAGCAAUGAGUCAUUAUCAGGCUCGGAGCCUUUUUGGAAACAGCCACAGACUAAAUAAUAGGAGAAAUGGGUUGGGUUUUGAUCGGCAGGCAGUAAUGGAUAGGGGUGUUGGAGUUACAAUUGGCCGAAGGGCAGUUUCAGCUAUUACAGAUAGUUUGAAGGUGAAGGAAAUUGAAGGCGAGCCUCUUUUAGAUGCUAAUGCAUUGAAAGCCUUGAUCAGGCUUCUUCGAUUAGCACAGCCUCUUGGUAAAGGUCUUCUGCAGAGACUGUUGUUAAAUCUUUGUGCGCAUAGCAUUACAAGGGCAAUUCUAGUUCGCCUUUUGCUCAUUAUGAUCAAGCCUGAGGCUGAGGGCUCUGUUGGUGUAUUGGCAACAAUUAAUUCUCAAAGGCUUUAUGGCUGUCAUUCGAAUGUUGUUUAUGGACGUUCGCAGCUAUUGGAUGGUCUUCCUCCCUUGGUGCUGCAUCGAGUUCUAGAGAUUUUGACAUAUUUGGCUACAAGUCAUACUGUUGUUGCAAAUAUGCUGUUCUACUUUGAUUACUCAAAUAUUCCAGAAGCACUAAGUUCAAUAGAUACUGGAGCCAAGAAGGACAAAGGCAAAGAGAUAAUUGAGGAAGGAAGCUUUUCUUCAAAGCCUCUUGGAAACACCCAGGAUGGUGAUAUUCCGUUGAUACUGUUAUUGAAGCUCUUGAACCGUCCUCUGUUUCUACGCAGCACUGCUCAUCUUGAGCAGGUCAUGGGCUUGCUUCGAGUUGUAGUUGAUAAUGCAGCAACAAAAUUAGACUCUCAAUCUCAGUCUGACAAGGAAACUCAAAAUUCACAAAAUCUGGCAACGGAUGAAGCUUGUGAUGAUGUUAAGAAAGAUCCUUCUUCCUUGGAGCCAGAGUCUAAUGAAGACAAUAAAUGUGUGGCUGCUGAAUCAUCCGGUUCAGAUGGAAAGAGGAGCACUGAUACAUAUAAUAUCUUUUUGCAGCUGCCACAGUCUGAUUUAUGCAAUCUUUGCAGUCUUCUUGGUCGUGAGGGGCUCUCAGAUAAAGUUUAUAUGCUUGCUGGUGAGGUGCUGAAGAAGUUGGCAUCAGUUGCUGUGGCCCACCGGAAGUUUUUUACUACAGAGCUUUCAGAAUUAUCUCAUGGUUUGAGCAGUUCAGCUGUUAGUGAGCUUGUCACCCUCCGGAAUACACAGAUGCUUGGUCUGAGUGCUUGUUCCAUGGCUGGGGCAGCAAUUCUACGUGUUCUACAAGUACUUAGCUCGCUCACUUCACAUAGUGCUAAUGAGAAUUCAAGUCUGGAUGGUGAUGAAGAGCAGGAGGAGCAUGCAACCAUGUUGAAGCUAAAUAUUGCACUUGAGCCACUGUGGAAAGAACUAAGCGAAUGUAUAAGUGCGACUGAGACUCAGUUAGGUCAGAGCUCCUUCACUCCGUCUAUGUCAAAUAUAAAUGUUGGGGAGCACAUACAAGGGGCCUCUUCAUCAUCUUCUCUCCCCCCUGGGACCCAGAGACUUCUGCCUUUCAUUGAGGCAUUCUUUGUUUUGUGUGAAAAGCUUCAAGCAAACCAGUCCAUUACGCUGCAAGAUCAUGCCGAUGUUACUGCAAGAGAAGUCAAAGAGUCUGCUGGAGGCUCUGAUUCGUCAUCAACCAAAUGCUCUGGCGAUUCUCAGAGAAAGCAUGAUGGUGCUGUCACAUUUACAAAGUUUGCUGAAAAGCAUCGUCGGCUUUUAAAUGCAUUUGUCAGGCAGAACCCUGGUUUGCUGGAGAAAUCACUUUCUAUGAUGCUGAGGGCACCGAGGCUAAUUGACUUUGAUAAUAAAAGGGCCUAUUUCCGCUCAAGAAUUAGGCAGCAGCAUGAGCAACACCUCUCUGGCCCACUGAGGAUAAGUGUUCGGAGGGCAUAUGUUUUGGAGGACUCCUAUAAUCAGUUGCGCAUGCGUCCUAAUCAGGACCUGAAGGGACGCUUGAAUGUACAAUUUCAAGGUGAAGAAGGUAUUGAUGCAGGUGGCCUGACAAGAGAAUGGUAUCAGUUGUUAUCCAGAGUUAUAUUUGACAAGGGGGCAUUGCUUUUUACCACUGUUGGGAACAAUGCAACUUUCCAGCCAAACCCUAACUCUGUCUACCAGACAGAACAUCUUUCUUACUUUAAGUUUGUUGGCCGUGUGGUUGCCAAAGCACUUUUUGAUGGGCAACUGUUGGAUGUUUAUUUCACUCGGUCUUUCUACAAGCACAUACUUGAUGUAAAGGUGACUUACCAUGACAUAGAAGCUGUUGAUCCUGAUUACUACAAGAAUUUGAAAUGGAUGCUUGAGAAUGAUGUAAGUGACAUUCCUGACCUGACUUUUAGCAUGGAUGCGGAUGAAGAAAAGCACAUCCUUUAUGAGAAAAACCAGGUUACUGAUUAUGAACUCAAACCUGGAGGAAGAAAUAUAAGGGUCACGGAGGAAACUAAGCAUGAAUAUGUAGACCUUGUUGCUGAUCAUAUCUUGACCAAUGCUAUCCGUCCCCAAAUAACUUCAUUCCUAGAUGGUUUCAAUGAAUUGGUACCACGGGAGCUUAUCUCUAUUUUCAAUGAUAAAGAGCUUGAGUUACUUAUAAGUGGUCUCCCAGAAAUUGAUCUGGAUGAUUUGAAAGCCAACACCGAGUAUACUGGCUAUACAGCAGCAUCCAGUGUUGUUCAAUGGUUUUGGGAGGUAGUUAAAGGUUUUAACAAGGAAGAUAUGGCAAGACUACUGCAAUUUGUGACUGGAACAUCAAAGGUCCCACUGGAGGGUUUUAAGGCUUUGCAAGGCAUCUCGGGUCCCCAGAGGUUUCAAAUUCACAAGGCGUAUGGUGCUCCGGACAGGUUGCCUUCAGCGCAUACAUGCUUCAAUCAACUAGAUCUUCCAGAGUAUACCUCGAAGGAACAGCUUCACGAACGCUUGCUACUCGCCAUACAUGAAGCUAGUGAAGGGUUUGGGUUUGGUUAACAAAGUAUCUAGGUGUUAUUGUUGCUCCAACAAGCCAACAAAAUCUGCCUUCUAGUUGCCAUGUACAUACAUAUAAAGGGACUGGUCUUGGGGCAGAAAUUGAACUGCGGGGACUUCUGACUUAAUGACCUUCUUCAAUAGGAGUUGCGAAAUUGGAUUUUGACAGAGAUUUUUGGAGGGCUGGCAAGCAAAUGCUUUGGUCGACUUUAUAUUGCAACCAAAGAUUUUUUAUUCCUUUUGAAGAAUGGGGCCGUCCGAGGUGGCAAAAUGGCUUGAAUUUUAUUGUUUUUCUGAAUUCUUGCCAUUUCAACAAUUGGGGGAGCAUACAGAUUUACAAAUGUUUAUAUAGAGUUCAAUAUACAUAUACAUAUAUGCUAUCGUUUCAUUGUUAAUAAUUUUAGAUUUCAUUGUUCUCGGCUAUUAUUAAAUAGUGAAUUAUGGCCAAACUGCCUUAUUAGUUAGUCUAGUUUUUGUAAUGUGAAUUAGCUAAAUAAGAUUGGAAUGCCAUAUUAAUUGGAAUCAAUUUUAGACAAA